UCCAAAACAACACAACAAAGUGUGGGAGCAACAUGGCGAGCGGAGAGGAGGCCACGCGUCUCCCCCCGGUUCCCUCCUCCUCUUCGGUCGGCCUGGAGUCGCUCUUCCCCGCCGGCUCGUCGGAGCAGGCCGGCGGCGACGUGGACCCGGAGCUGGUCCGCCUGCGGCUCCGGCUCCAGGGCUGGCUGGCCCCGUACGAGCCGCCGCUGCUGUGGCUCCAGCGGCUGCUGGUGUGGGAGAGGCCGCUGUGCAGCGUCUGCGUGGCGCUGACCCUCAACACGCUGUUCUGGCUCCUGUCCUCCACCUCCCUGCGGCCCCUCUUCCUGCUCAGUGUCUCCCUGAUGGGACUCAUGCUCCUGGAGAGAUGGAAGCCCAAGGUGCCCACUGUCACUGCAGAUCAGCAAGCAGAGGCUCGCCCGGUGCAAAGUGAUACAAUGGGCGUGGAGCAGCAUCUGCUCAGUGUUCCUGAGCUGAGCCACCAGCUGGCUGAGAGCUACCUGCUGAGCUGCCUCUACCUGCAGGAGAUGCUGCAGUACAAGCAGCAGAACCAUGGCAAGUUCUGUGUGAUGACGUGCAGCAGCUGCUUUGUACUCGCCGUGGUUGGACAUUAUGUACCAGGAAUCAUGAUCUCUUAUAUCAUAGGCCUGAGCGUGCUGCUGUGGCCGCUGGUGGUCUACCACGAACUGAUCCAGCGGAUGUACACGGGCCUGGAGCCAAUCCUGAUGAAACUGGACUACAGCAUGAAGGGAGAAACCGAGCACCGCAAGCACGACAAGAGGAAGGUGAAGAAAGAGAUGGAAGAGGGGGACGAGCCCAGAGCCGAAACAGAGAGUGAUAGCGAGGAGGAGCUGUCUCUGUUUGCCCCAACGGUGGAUGUGAAGACGACGGCUCUGGCGAUGGCCAUCACUGACUCUGAGUUGUCGGACGAGGAGGCGUCCAUCUUGGAGAGUGGAGGCUUCUCCGUGUCCAGAGCCACCACUCCUCAACUCACCGACGUGUCCGAAGAUCUGGACCUGCAGAGUUUACACAGCGAACCAGAGGAGUCCUACCUCCGAGAUCUCCCCGAGUUCCCCUCAGUGGAGGAGUUCCCGUCCAUCGAGCACCACCUGCUCCACUUCCCCCUGCGAGCUCCCAGUCAGGUGGACGGCGCCCAGGCUGGUGCUCAGGCGGAGGGAGAACUGCUGAGCCCGGCCAGCCUCCUCAUCCAGCACCUGGCGUCCCCCCUCCACUUUGUGAACACGCACUUCAACGGACACGGACGGCCACCCGGGGGUGAAGAGGGCAUGUUGCCAGCGACCGGCCCACGGGAGGAAGCAGGGAGUCGGGAGGAGGAAGAGGAGAAGGAAGCUGCCGUGACCCAGGGUGCACAGCAGUCCCUGGAGGCCUUGAGCGAGGAGAUCGUGAGCACGGCCAUCUCCACCGUGGUGCAGAACACUCUGUCGGCGCUGCUGUCGUCCACCGAGGCCAGUGAGGAGCCCCCCCUGGCCGAGUUCCUCCCCACCGAAACCCCCCCGGGCGCUUUGGAGACCUCCGACCCGCCCACCAACACCACCGCGGACACUACAGUCACCACACUAGGGCCGCUGGGGCCUGAAGAAGAACUGGAUGAGGCGAUCACGAUAAUCACCAGCACCAGCGAGGAGGCGCAUGACGACACACUGGUCGGGACCGAGGAGGAGGACUUUGAGCUUCUGGACCAAAGUGAACUGGAGCAGGCGGACGAGGAGCUGGACAUCAGCUCUGACAGACGGCCGGUGGGCGGAGCUCUGGACACGCCCCCAUCUCCUCAGCAUCAACCGCAGUCAUAGCUUCUCUAUCCCCCCCACCCCCCUUCCCACCUCCUACUGUUUUGUUUUUAUUCGUUUGUUAAAACUACAUUAUAUUCAUACUGCUAUAUACAAAACAUUUAUCAGAGAGUUUGGUAUUAACCGUUGGUUGUUGAUAGGCGGAGGAUGGGUGAGAUUACUCGGUUCGUUCUGUUCUCACAGCCUCACCUCACCGGGUUCAGCUCGGCCUCGGUGGUCCGGGACCAUGACACUGUCGGGACCAGCAGCUUCUGUCAGGCUUGUUCUGUUCGCUUAAAUACAAAAGAUCCAGACGCAGAAUCGUCGUUAAUGCAUCUACUGUGGCGUCACACCGCCGGCUGAGCACAGGUUAUCCUUGUAUCCGCAUUUUAUAUUGACUUCUGCUUUAUUUAGCGUUUGCUUUGAGCAAAGUUCUUACUGCGUCAUGACAAAUCUCGAUGCCUUUUGUUUUCUACCUUGGCCGAGCUGAACCCUUCAACCUUGUUUUCACACAGACGUUUAUCGAAAUGGAUUUAUGAAGAGUUGAAAUGUUGGAAUAUAUGACUAUUAAUAACUAUUAAUAUAUAUACUAUAAAUUAUUUAAUUUAAUGGUCAGUUAAAGCUUUUUUCCUGAAAUGGAGUUAAUUUCUUUCCCUUCAGUUGCCCAUGAUUGAUGAUAAGCGUAUUAAUGAUGACGCCAUGGACAUC